AUGCAUCUAUACUUCCGGGGAGUUGUGCACCGCAAGAUCAACAGGUUCCACAUCAACCUGCAGUAUGGGCAGCAGCGUGGCCUUAAAGCCUUACACUUCAACCCCAGGUUCAGACCCUCACAGGUGGUGGUGUUAAACUCCUUCCGAAAUGGCAGAUGGGAUCUGGAGGAGAGGGUCCAUGAGAUGCCCUUCUGUAAGGGAGAGAGCUUUGAGAUUCUCUUCAUUGUCACUGCAAAGGGCUACCAGGUGAACGUAAACGGCCGUCCGUUCUACACGUUCAAGCACCGCAUGCCUGUGAAGACUGUGAACGCCAUAAAGAUCGCUGGGGAUGUUUCCAUAGAAACCAUCAACAUCACUGGGGGAGGACAAGAUGGCGUUCAGGGAUAUAGAGGGCUACGAAAGAUGACGAUUACAAAAAUCCCACACGUGGGGCUCAUCUACGGUGGAUUGAGGACGGGGACGUAUAUGUACUUCCGAGGAACCAUUCCACAUAAGAUAGCGAGAUUCCACAUCAACCUGAACUUGGGGGAGUUGAAAGGAUGUGACAAAGCCUUACACUUCAACCCUCGGUUCAAACCCUCUGAGGUGGUGGUGUUCAACACCUUCCGAAAUGGCAGAUGGGAUCGGGAGGAGAGGGUCAAUAAGAUGCCCUUCCGUAGGGGAGAGGACUUUGAGCUGCUCUUCAUUGUCACUGCACAUGGCUUUCAGGUGAACAUAAACGGCCGUCAGUUCUACUUGUUCAAGCACCGCAUGCCAGUGGAGUACGUGAGCGGCCUAAAGAUCGCUGGGGACGUCUCCAUGAAAACCGUCAACAUGAUCAGGAAAAUCCCACAUGUGGGCCCAGUCUACGGUGGAUUGAGGACGGGGAUGGCUCUGUUCUUCCGGGGAACUGUUCCACAGGAGAUCAACAGGUUUCACAUCAACCUUCAGUCUGGAGAAUUGAAGGGCAGUGACAAAGCCUUGCACUUCAACCCCCGGUUUGCAGGUGGUGAGGUGGUGGUGUUCAACACCAUGCGGAAUGGCAGAUGGGAAAAUGAGGAGAGGCCCAGUGAGAUGCCCUUCCGUAAGGGAGAGGACUUUGAACUGGUCUUCAUUAUCACCGCAGAGGGCUACCAGGUGAACGUAAACGGCCGUCAGUUCUACCUGUUCAAGCACCGCAUGCCAGUGGAGCAAGUGAGUGCCAUAAAGAUCGCUGGGGACGUCUCCAUGCAGACCCUCAACAUGACUGAGAGCAUCCCAUUUGUGGGGCCCAUCCACGGCUGUUUGAGAACAGGGAUGUAUAUGUACUUCCGAGGAACAGUUCACCAAAACAUCAACAGGUUCCAUAUCAACCUGCAGUACGGGGAGAAGAAAGGCUGUGACAAGGCCUUACACUUCAACCCCCGGUUCGCCGGCAAUGGGGUGAUAGUGUUCAACAGCUUCCAGAACGGCUGGAAAAGAGAGGAGAGGGUUCAUCAGAUGCCCUUCUGUAAGGGAGAGGACUUUGAGCUGGUCUUCAUUGUCACCCCAGUGGGCUACCAGGUGAUCGUAAACGGUCGUCCAUUGUACUUGUUCAAGCACCGCAUGCCGGUGGAACACGUGAGUGCCCUAAAAAUUGCUGGGGAUGUCUCCAUGGAGUACGUCAACCUGAUUGGGGGAGGAAAUAGACUUGCAGGUCUGGGAAAGAUGGCUGUUACUAGCAUCCCACACUUGGGACCCAUCUUGGGCGGUUUAAGGACAGGGAUGUUUAUGUUCUUCCGGGGAACAGUUUCACAAGCGAUCAACAGAUUCCACAUCAACCUGCAGUUAGGGGAGAUGAAAGGCUGUGACAAGGCCUUACACUUCAACCCUCGGUUCAAGCCCAGUCAGGUGGUGGUGUUCAACACCUUCCGGAACGGCAGAUGGGAAAAGGAGGAGAGGGUCCAUGAGAUGCCCUUCACUGAGGGUGAAGAAUUUGAGCUGCUCUUUAUCAUUACCCCAGUGGGCUACCAGGUGAUUGUAAACGGCCGUCAGUACUACUUGUUCAAACACCGCAUGCCGCUGGAGCAUGUGAGCGCCCUAAAAAUCGCUGGGGAUGUCUCCAUGGAGAUCGUCAAACUUACUGGGGGAGAAGAUGACGACCAGGAGGGCCGUCCAGGUUUCGGAAGAAUGGUCAUUCCUAAAAUCGCACAUGUAGGGCCCAUCCGUCGUGGUUUGAAAUAUGGGAUGGCUUUGCAGUUCCAGGGAACAGUUCUCAAAGACAUCAGCAGGUUCCACAUCAACCUUCAGUAUGGGAGAAAGGAUGGCUGUGACCUGGCCUUACACUUCAACCCUCGAUUCAAGCCCUAUGAGGUGGUGGUGUUCAACACCUUCCGCAAGGGUAGAUGGGAAAGGGAGGAGAGGCCCAAAGGGAUGCCCUUCAGUAAGGGAGAGGACUUUGAACUGGUCUUCUACAUCACCUCAGUGGGCUUCCAGGUGUAUGUAAACGGUGCUAAGUUCUAUUUGUUCAAGCACCGCAUGCCAGUGGAAAAUGUGAAUGCCCUAAAGAUCGCUGGGGAUAUCUCCAUGGAGGCUGUCGACAUGACCGAGGAAGAACCGGAGGAAAAGCCAGACGGUUUUUGUGGAGGCAUACUGGAACAUCCAGAGAUUUUGAGCGUCCCAUACCUGGAGCCCAUCUCUGGCGGUUUGAGGACAGGGACAUCUCUGUUGGUUAAAGGAACGGUUCCCAGCAAUAGCUACAGGUUCAGCAUCAAUCUGUACUGUGGGGAAGAGGAUGGCUCUGACGAUGCUUUCCACUACAAUCCCCGAUUCGAUUCCAAUUUGGUGGUGUUCAACACCUUCCGGAACGGCCACUGGGAACAAGAGGAGAGACCCUCUGGGAUGCCCUUCAGUAAGGGAGAGGAGUUUGAGACGGUCAUCACUGCCACUUCAGAUGGCUACCAGGUUAAUGUAAAUGGAAGCGAAUUCCACUUGUUCAAGCACCGCAUGCCGUUGGCGAACGUGAGUGCCAUAAAGAUCGUUGGAGACGUCACCCUGCACAAAGUCACCUUCAUUGAGGGAGGCAUACUGGAACAUCCAGAGAUUUUGAGCGUCCCAUACCUGGAGCCCAUCUCUGGCGGUUUGAGGACAGGGACAUCUCUGUUGGUUAAAGGAACGGUUCCCAGCAAUAGCUACAGGUUCAGCAUCAAUCUGUACUGUGGGGAAGAGGAUGGCUCUGACGAUGCUUUCCACUACAAUCCCCGAUUCGAUUCCAAUUUGGUGGUGUUCAACACCUUCCGGAACGGCCACUGGGAACAAGAGGAGAGACCCUCUGGGAUGCCCUUCAGUAAGGGAGAGGAGUUUGAGACGGUCAUCACUGCCACUUCAGAUGGCUACCAGGUUAAUGUAAAUGGAAGCGAAUUCCACUUGUUCAAGCACCGCAUACCGUUGGCGAACGUGAGUGUCUUAAAGAUCGUUGGAGACGUCACCCUGCACAAAGUCACCUUCAUUGGGGGAGGACUAGGAGACAUAGUGAUAUGUCCAGGGAUACUUAUUGUACCACCGAUAUGUGACUUAGGUCCACCAAUUAUAGCAGUUCCAGAAGUUCUACCAGUAAAGAAGGUGAUCUCAUAUGUGGGGCCCAUCUAUGGCGGUUUGAGGCCAGGGAUGUCUGUGCUCUUCCGAGGAACGGUUCCUCAAAAGAUCAACAGGUUCAGCAUCAAUCUGUACUGUGAGGAGAAGGAAGGUUGUGACAAUGCCUUCCACUUCAACCCCCGAUUCCAUUCCAAUGUGGUGGUGUUCAACACCCACCGGAAUGGUGGCUGGGAAAAUGAGGAGCGGCCCACUGGGUUUCCCUUCUGUUGGGGAGAGGACUUUGAGAUCCUCUACAUCAUCACCUCAGAGGGCUACCAGGUGAAAGUAAACGGUAAAGAGUUCCACUUGUACAAGCAUCGCAUGCCGGUGGAGCAAGUCCGUGACAUAAAGAUCUUUGGGGAGGUCUCAAUGCAUACUGUUAACAUCAUUCAGGGAGGACGAAAAGGCAUACCGGAACAACUAAGUCUAGGAAAGAUGACAUUUAAUACUAUUCCCUAUCAUGGGCCCAUCCACGGCGGUGUGAGGAAGGGGAUGUAUCUGUACUUCCGGGGAACAAUUCACGAUGACAUCAACAGGUUCCACAUCAACCUGGAGUGUGGAGGCAAGAAAGGCAACAGAGCCUUACACUUCAACCCCCGGUUUAAGCCUUCUGAGGUGGUGGUGUUCAACACCUUCUUGAACGGAAGAUGGGGAAAGGAGGAGCGAGUCCAAGAGAUGCCCUUCCAUAAGAGAGAGAGCUUUGAGCUGGUGUUCUUUGUCACCCCAAAAGGCUACCAGGUGAUCGUAAACGGUCGUCGGUUCUACAUGUACAAGCACCGCUUGCCAGUGGAGCACGUGAACACCUUGGCAAUUGCUGGAGACGUCUCCAUGGAGACCCUCAAAAUGAUCGGGGGAGGCGUUCAGAAAUACCAAGGUCCACGAAAAAUAUUGGUUACUAAAAUCCCACAUGUGGGGCCCGUCUAUGGCAGCUUAAGGACAGGGAUGUAUGUCUUCUUCCGGGGAACGGUUCCACAAAAUAUCAACAGGUUCCACAUCAACCUGCAAUAUGGGGAGAGAAAAGGCUCUGACAUAGCCUUACACUUCAACCCCCGGUUCACGCCCUCAGAGGUGGUGGUGUUCAACAGCUUCCGGAACGGCAGAUGGGAAAAUGAGGAGAGGCCCUCUGAGAUGCCCUUCCGUAAGGGAGAGGACUUUGAGCUGGUCUUCUUUAUCACCGCAGAGGGCUACCAGGUGAACGUGAACGGUCGUCGGUUCCACUUCUUCAAGCACCGCAUGCCAGUGGAGACAGUGGGUGCAUUAAGUAUCGCUGGAGACGUCUCCAUGAAAACCGUCAACAUGAUCGGGGGAGGACGCGAAGGCGGACAGCUUCAUCCAAGCCUAGGAAGGAUAGUGGUUUCUAAAAUUCCACACGUGGGGCCCGUCUAUGGUGGUUUGAGAUCUGGAUUGUAUCUGUACUUCAAGGGAACCGUUCCCCAAGAAAUCAAAAGAUUCCAUAUCAACCUGCAGUAUGGGCAGAUGAAAGGAUGCGACAAGGCCUUACACUUCAACCCCCGGUUCGAGCCCGAAGAGGUGGUGGUGUUCAACUCCUUCCGGAAUGGCAGCUGGGAACAGGAGGAGAGGCCUGCUGAGAUGCCCUUCACUAAGGGAGAGGACUUUGAGCUGGUCUUCAUCAUCACCUCAGAAGGCUACCAGGUGAACGUAAAUGGCCGUCAAUUCUACUUGUUCAAGCACCGCAUGCCAGUGGAACAAGUGAAUGCCAUAAAGAUCGCUGGGGAAGUCUCCAUGGAGACCGUCAACUUGACUGAGGGAGGACAAGAGGAACAACCAGAGCAAGAAGACACAGUGAAAAUCCCACAUUUGCGGUCCGUCCAUGGUGGUUUGAGGUCAGGGACGUAUCUGUACUUCAAGGGCACCAUUCCCCAAGAGAUUAAAAGGUUCCACAUCAACCUGCAGUACGGAGAGAAGAAAGGCUGUGACAAGGCCUUACACUUCAACCCCCGAUUCGAACCCGAAGAGGUGGUGGUGUUCAACAGCUUCCGGAAUGGCAGCUGGGAACAGGAGGAGAGGCCCUCUGAGAUGCCCUUCACUAAGGGAGAGGACUUUGAGCUCUUCAUCUUUGUCACCGCAGAGGGAUACCAGGUGAAUGUAAACGGUCGUCAGUAUUACUUGUUCAAGCACCGCAUGCCAGUGGAGCACGUGAGCGCCGUGAAGGUUGUUGGGGACGUCUCCAUGAAAACCGCCAAUGUCAUCAAGAGAGGACCAGGAGCUGUAGAGGGAAAACCAGAUCUAGGAACGAUGGUGGUCAGUAAAAUCCCACACGUGGGGUCCCUCUUCGGUGGUUUGAGGCCAGGGAUGUAUCUGUACUUCCGAGGAACUGUUCCUCAAGAGAUUGAAAGGUUCCACAUCAACCUGCAGUUUGGGAAAAUGAAAGGCUGUGACAAGGCCUUACACUUCAACCCCCGGUUCAAGCCCGAAGAGGUGGUGGUGUUCAACAGCUUCCGGAACGGUGGCUGGGAAAAUGAGGAGAGGCCCACUGAGAUGCCCUUCCGUAAGGGAGAGGACUUUGAGCUGGUCUUCUUUAUCACCGCAGAGGGCUACCAGGUGUACGUAAAUGGUCGUCACUUCCACUUGUUCAACCACCGCAUGCCAGUGGAGCAAGUGAGCGCCAUUAAGAUCGUCGGGGACGUCUCUGUGCAGAAACUUAACACAAUCAAGAGAGUACCAGGACAUAGACAACCAGGUUUUGGACAGAUGGCGAUUCGUAAAAUUCCACAUGUGGGGCGUCUCUUUGGUGGCCUGAGACCGGGGAUGUCUUUGUACUUCCGGGGAACUGUUCCCAAGAACAUCAACAGGUUCCACAUCAACCUGCAGUGUGGGGAGAAAGAAGGCGGAGACACAGCCAUGCACUUCAACCCCCGGUUCGCCGGCAACGGGGUGGUGGUGUUCAACACCUUCCGGAAUGGCAAAUGGGAAAAGGAGGAGAGGCCCACUGAGAUGCCCUUCCGUGAGGGAGAGCAGUUUGUGUUGGUCUUCAUUGUCACCUCAGAGGGCUAUCAGGUGAAUGUAAACGGUCGUGAGUUUUACUUGUUCAAGCACCGAAUUCCACUGGAGCACGUGAGUGCCAUAAAGAUUGCUGGGGAAGUCUCCAUUGAGACUGGCGAAAUCACCCAGGGUGAAGAAGAGGAACCAGAAAAAGAAAAGGAAGAAAAGAUUGUUCCUAGCAUCCCACACGUGGGGCCCAUCUCCGGUGGUCUGAGGCCAGGGAUGUCUUUGUGCUUCUCUGGAACCAUUCCCGAGGAGGCCAAUAGGUUCAGCAUCAAUCUGCAUUGUGGGGACGAAGAAGGCUGUGACAAUGCCUUCCACUUCAACCCCCGAUUUGAGCCUUCAGACGUGGUGGUGUUCAACACCUUCCGGAACGGCAGCUGGGAAAAUGAGGAGCGGGUCGAGGACAUGCCCUUCCAGCCCGGGGAUGACUUUGAGCUGGUCUUCGUUGUCACAUCAGAGGGUUACCAGGUGAAAGUAAACGAUCGGAAGUUCUACUUGUUCAAGCACCGCAUGCCAAUGGAAAAUGUGACCACCAUCAGGAUCUUUGCAGAUGUCUCCAUUCAAACCAUCAACAUCAUAGAGGGAGGAACAGGAGCCAUGCAGGGACGUCUUACUCAAGGAAAGAUAGUGGUGGAUAAAAUGCCAUUUGUGGAGCACCUGCACCACAGCUUGAAGACGGGGAUGUACAUGUACUUCCGAGGAAAGGUUGAUGAUGACAUCAACAGGUUCCACAUCAACCUGCAAGAUGGAGACAUGAAGGGCUGUGCAAAGGCUCUACAUUUCAACCCCAGAUUCCAGCCCCAUGAGGUGGUGGUGUUCAACACCUUCCAGAACGGCAAAUGGGGAAAGGAGGAGAGGGUCAAUGAGAUGCCCUUCCGUAAGGGAGAGGAGUUUGAGCUGGUCAUCAUUGUCACCGCAAAGGGCUACCAGGUGAUCGUAAACGGUCGUCGGUUCUACAUGUUUAAGCACCGCUUGCCAGUGAACCAAGUGAGUGGCCUAAAGAUCGCUGGGGAUGUCUCCAUGGAAACCAUUGACAUGACCGAGAUAUGCCUUCAGGGAUAUCAAGGUCGAUACAAGAUGGCGGUGACUAAAAUCCCACACGUGAGCCCCGUCUUGGGUGGUUUGAGGCCAGGGAUGUAUCUGUACUUCCGGGGAACAGUUCCUGAAGAGAUCAACAGGUUCCACAUCAACCUGCAGUAUGGGCAGGGCAAAGGCUGUGACAAGGCCUUACACUUCAACCCCCGGUUCACGCCCGAAGAGGUGGUGGUGUUCAACUCCUUCCGGAACGGUGGAUGGCAACACGAGGAGAGGUCCUCUGAGAUGCCCUUCCGUAAGGGAGAGGAGUUUGAGCUGCUCUUCAUCAUCACUUCAGAGGGCUACCAGAGCUAG